GCACAGUUUGCUCGGCUGAUAGCAGCAAGUGAAAUCUCCUAGAGGGGCCUGGGAAUCAGCAAAACCACAAGCAUCAUUAGAACCCAGCAUUGCAGGCUGGAAACCUCUCCAGGGAGACAUCCUCUGAGGGUUUCUGCUGUGCUUUGGAGGCAAAGGUGGAUGUGUUCCACUCGUCGUUUUUCUGCUGAGGCUGGUAACAGGCUGCCUGACUCAACUAUAUAAAAAUACCUUCUUCAAAGGUGGGGACCUAACUGCCAUGUAUACCCCGAAUGCCGAGCACUGUCAGAUGAUGUGCACAUUUCAUCCGAGGUGCUUGCUCUUCAGCUUUCUUCCUGAAAGUUCCACUAAUGACACAGACAAAAGAUUUGGUUGCUUCUUGAAAGACAGUGCUACGGGAACCCUGCCAAAAAUGUCAUGGGCAAAUACAAUUUCUGGACACUCCUUAAAGCAAUGCGGCCAUCAAAUAAGUGCUUGCCAUCGAGACAUUCAUAAAGGAAUUGAUAUGAGAGGAGUCAAUUUUAACGUCUCUAAGGUUGAAAGUGUUGAAGAAUGCCAAAAAAAGUGCACCAACAGCAUUCACUGCCAGUUUUUCACGUACGCCACUCGCACGUUUUACAAUGCAGAGUACCGGAACACCUGCCUUUUAAAGCACAGUGCAGGAGGAACACCCACCAGUAUAAAGCUCCUGGCUAACGUGGCAUCUGGAUUCUCCCUGAAGCCCUGUGCACUCUCAGAAAUUGGUUGCCACAGGAACAUUUUCCAGCAUCUCGCCUUCUCGGAUGUGGACGUUGCCAGAGUGGUUACCCCGGAUGCUUUUGUAUGCCAAACCAUUUGCACCUAUCAUCCUAACUGCCUCUUCUUUACGUUCCACACAAAGGCAUGGCAUCUGGAACCGCAAAGAAACGUUUGCUUUCUUAAGACUUCCAAAAGCGGGACACCAAGUUCCCCUACUCCUCAGGAAAACACCAUGUCUGGAUACAGCCUUUUAACCUGCAAGCAAAGUUUGCCUGAGCCCUGCCAUUCCAAAAUUUACUCAGGAGUUGCUUUUGAAGGGGAAGAGUUGAAUGUAACCUUUGUUGAAGGAGUGAAUGUUUGCCAAGAGACUUGUACUAAGACGAUUCGCUGUCAGUUUUUUACUUAUUCUUUACUCCCAGAAGACUGUAGAAGAAAGAAGUGUAAGUGUUCCUUACGAUUAUCUUUGGAUGGGUCCCCAACUAGGAUUACGUACGGGACACGAGCGAGCUCUGGUUAUUCUUUGAGGCUGUGUAAAAGUGGGGACGGUUCUGUCUGCUCAGCAAAAACAGACACACGCAUUGUUGGAGGGACCAACUCCUCCUGGGGAGAGUGGCCUUGGCAAGUUAGCCUGCAAGUGAAGCUGACAGCCCGGAGCCACCUGUGUGGAGGGUCAAUCAUCGGACACCAGUGGGUCCUAACUGCCGCCCAUUGCUUUGAUGGGCUUCCCCUGCAGGACGUUUGGCGUGUUUACAGUGGCAUUUUUAAUCUGUCCCAGAUAACAACAGAAACGCCUUUCUCACGAAUAAAGGAGAUGAUUAUUCACCCAAAUUACAAAAUGUCAGACAGUGGUGAUGAUCUUGCCUUGAUAAGACUUGAGCCUCCUUUGAAUUACACAGAAUUCCAAAAACCAAUAUGCCUGCCUUCCAAAGAUGAUACAAACACAAUGUAUACUAAUUGUUGGGUGACUGGAUGGGGCUUCACAAAAGAAAAAGGCAAAAUCCAAAAUAUCCUACAAAAGGCAAAUAUUCCUUUGGUAUCAAGUGAAGAAUGCCAGAAAAAAUAUAGAGAUUAUGAAGUAACCAAACAGAUGAUCUGUGCUGGCUAUAAAGAAGGAGGCAAAGAUGCCUGUAAGGGCGAUUCAGGCGGUCCCUUAGUUUGUAAACACAAUGGAAUAUGGCAUUUGGUCGGUAUCACCAGUUGGGGUGAAGGCUGUGGCCGCAGAGAACAACCGGGUGUCUACACCAAAGUCGCUGAGUAUGUGGACUGGAUUUUAGAGAAAACACAGGUCGGUGAUGGGCUCACCAGUCUCUGAUGAAGUCACGGGCGUCACGAAGCUUUCUGGAGGUGGGAGAGAGCCCAGUUUGUAGCCUACGCUUUUACAUCCUAGGUUCACUUCAAGUCCUGAGCCGUGGGGUCCUCAUGUGCAAAAUCAUGGAGAGUGGUAUCUACCUCGUGUCCUUGUCCUGAGGGUAAAAAGGGACAAUGUAUACGCAGCUGCCGAGGACAAGGUCUUGCACCAGUAGGCGUUCGGCAUUCAGUCAUAACGCGAGUACCGGGAGAUAACAAAUGAACAUUUCCGUGAUUAUUUGUUGUGCCAUAAAAUGGCAAAAGAACGUGA